AUGCGCUCAACAGUGCGACCGGUGGACUCGCCCAAGGCAAAGCAUGUGCAAUGGACGGUGAGCAACGAAGAGUUGGGAGUAGGGCCGGUGGGGCCGAAAUGGAAAGGUAUGCAGGAAGAAUAAAACUUUUCUUGAUGUAAAAGCUUUACAUGACUUGAUUCUUCAGAUCUCCCGGCUUCGGAGAAGGCGUACUUGAUCUCACUGACCUCCGUAAAGAUCUUCUUGUUUUUCCUCGUUAUCUUUGGCAUUAUUUGUAUGUUGGCAUUGUUGGCGGACGCAUUUCAAUUGAUCGGAGGAAGUGGAAUGGGUGAGGAAUUUUACUCAUGAACUUCAGCAAACAUUUUAAGGCCAGAAUCUGAAGAAGACUCCGUUUCUCAACAAUCCAAUUUCCUCCGCGAUUUUUGGCAUGGCCAUUACGUUAGUUCUACAAAGUGGAUCAACUCUGAUUAGUGUGUUGGUCGGAAUGGUGGCGGGCGAUUGUAAGUUUGCUUAUUGAAAUGAUCCCUCUGCUACCUACUCGAAUAUCAGUCUGUCGAGAAAAUAAUGACCGCAAUGUCACUGCGCCGUCCGCGUCGUUGAAGUGAAAAGCAAUUCGAUUUUGCCGCGACACAACUCAUUUUCCCGGCGGAAAUUUUCGAAGUGACAGAGUGCUCAUUAUUUUCCCGACAGACUGAUAUAUAAUUUUCCAUACGUUAUGCGUUACCACUCAUUUCUUACAGUGCUCUCGGUGCAUCAAGCCAUCCCAAUUAUGAUUGGCUCGGAGAUUGGCGCCUCCCUUAUCAACGCACUAGUUUCCCUGGGGCAAUCCGGGAAUCGCGACCAAUUUCGUCGCGCUUUCGCCGCCGCUACAAUGAACGAUGUGUACAAUCUUAUGAACUUUGCCUCCGUAUUACCUUUGGAGAUGGCCACUGGCUUCAUGGAAUGGUUCAGUGGGGUCUUGGUGAAGCCUUUGAGUAAUGUAAAAACCGGCGAGAUUAAGACGUUACAAUAUCUGACCGACCCGGUGUUGAGUUUGAUUGUGCAGGUAAUCAAUAAUUUAAUCAACUUUGGUACUAGGUAUUCCUAAACUAAAGCAAAUUUGAUGUAUUUUAGAUAGAUGAAGAAGCGCUAACACGAGUAACAUCGAUGAGUCGCAAAGAUGGGAAUGUGACAUACGAUAGAGACACCUUCAUCUUCCGAUGUAUUGACUUGAAGACUGGGGAAGAGCUGGUGUUCUGUAAGAUUUUUUUACCAUAUCAGUCUGGGGAAAAUAAUCAGCACAAUGUCGAUCAUGGAGCUGGUGAAAAACAACCCGGCGGAGAUGCCAUUUUCGAUGCGACAGAGCGCUCAUUAUUUUCCCGACUGACUGAUAGUUACAUCCUACCCUUACAGGCCCCUACAACCACAUCUUCGCACACUCAACCUGGUCCGACUCUACCGUGGGGCUCGUCCUCUUAGGCUGCUCAAUUGUUGGCCUCGGAAUCUGCCUAACCUCCUUAGUGCGCAUAAACCAAGCCUUGUUGGAGGGACGCGCCGCAGUUUGGGUACGUCGCCUGUUGGAGAAACGUUUCCCACAUCCGUUCGAAUGGUUCACCGGCUAUUUUAUCAUGUUCGUCGCCGCGAUUGUUGUGGUAAUCAUACAAUCGAGUAGUGUGUUCCGUUCGGCGCUAACGCCGUUGGUCGGAAUUGGAGUUAUCCCGCUGGAGAAGCUGUAUCCAUUGUUGCUGGGGGCGAAUGUUGGAACGACGUCGUCGGGUGUGCUAGCAGCGCUGUCGGCGGACUCAUCGCAGCUUCAGGAGUAAGCUAGUUGUCUCCAGGGUUUUUAGGUACCUUCAGAGAAAAAUAAGGCGUUCAGUAACAAAAACUUCUGGCUUUCCUUUCAGCACCGCAUGUUAGCGUAGUUGAUCAUUCUUUUAAUAUGUUUUCGUCUGAAAUCAACCAAAAGAAAUAAGAAAAACAACUUACCUUCCCCGAAAAAGUAGGAUGUGUCUACCUGAAACAUGAAAUAAUAUUUUUCCUCCACUUCCGAAAACUUAUUGCCGCUGAUGAAAGGACACGAGUCUAAAUGGAAAUACAAAUUCAGAAACUGCAAAAACACAAUAUUUUACCUUUCCAGAGCAAAGCGCAAUUUCGAUCCAACCGAAAAAUCCCUAAUAUUUUUCCCGUUGCACAACGCCAAAAAGGUUAUUUGUUUGCGUUUUGGGACCAAUUCACCCACCCGGUGGGGUUUUUGGCAAAGCAGCAGAAAACAAUAAUUCUGCGAACAGCCUCAAUAAAGUAUCACAAAUAUCACAAAUUUUUUCAGAUUCCUCUUUUGCCACUAUAUCUGAUCAGAUGGUAUUACACUACACAUUGCCAUUUCAGAACUCUCCAAAUCGCUCUUUGCCAGACUCUAUUCAAUGUUCUUGGCGUCAUUUUUUUCUAUCCCAUUCCACUCUUACGAAGAAUUCCGUUGCGACUUUGCAAGAUCUUGGGAAACACUACUGCUCAGGUAAGUCCACUCUAAAUUGUCUUCAAACCACUGAAUUUUAGUAUCGCUGGUUCGCACUGGUCUACAUCUUGAACGUUUUCUUUUUGUUCCCCGCCUUCCUAUUGGCCCUUUCAUUCCUUCCAUCGGCGGUGAUGUUCACAGUCGUUGGCGGUUUCAUUGCCUUUGUCGCGAUUCUCAUUACAAUCAACUGGCUGCAAAGUUCGCAUCCUGGGAUCUUACCAGAGUUUCUGCACAACUGGCACUUUCUACCGCGUUUUCUGUGGGAUCUCGAGUUCUACGACAAGAUAUUUCGAGAACUUUCGGAGCAAUGUUUCUGUUGCCCCAGGCGCUUCUUCAACGCCAGCUUUGAUGAGGAUGAGGGGGCGAAGCAAAAUGGAGUUCCCGAGCCACCGACGCGAAGGGAGAGUUUGGAGAGCGAUACGAACAAUACUGCUAAUCGACGGUAUCGCCAGACAAUUGUCUAG